UGCAUGUUUUUAUAAUAUAAUUUGCUGAAUUCGUUUUUAUUUCAACUAAACAAGCGACGUUUAAAUUCCCUUCGCAACUUGUUUGAUGUUAAUAUUUUAAAUUAAAGCGUCCAACGACUGCAGCCGUGUGUUGUGCCCAAGGAAAAGUGACGACGCCGUCUCGCAGCGACGCUAUGCGACCGCAUUUCUGCGUAGCAUAAAAACAAAAGACCAGCAUCGCCACACCAAGCGUCCUAUUUGUUUGGUAAACAUUGCAUCAAAUUAGGGCAGGGCAGGGCACAUCGAGGCGGAUUAUUGGAUCUCGCACGCACCGCGCACCGCAACCACCGCCAGUCAAAACAGUAUAAGCUGUGAAUGUAAGCAGAUCGCAUCAACUGACGCAGGGAGCAGAAAUCCUGGCGAUGCAAUUGAAAGCGCCCAAGAGCAGGAAUAUGGCCAGUCUGAAAGAUGAUGAACCGGCAGCUAACCAUCGACAAGGCAACAGCAACAACAACAACAAUAACAACAACAACAAUAGUACGAGUAGCAAUCCAACCAGCAGCGGCAGCAACAACAAUAAUAAUAAUAACAAUAACAAUAAUGAGGAUGUUGCCAGCAAACGCGAGUCCUUGGAGGCGCGCAAACAGUCGCUGGAGCAGCGCUUGAGCGAAAAGAGCUGGUUGCUGCAGCAGAUCCAGAAGCAGGAGUCUGCCAUCAUGCACGGCAAUUACGAGCACCUGACGAUCAACGAGUUCUUUGCCCAGUUGGCGCAGCAGUACAAGCAUGAGCAACAGCUGCAGGCAUUGGCCAAGGACAGCGGCGCAUUGCUGCGACGCAAACAGAGCACCAGCAGCCGAGGAGGCGAGAGCCAGCCCGGUGGCAGCCAGACCUAUAGCAGCCACAAUAAUAAUAACAACAAUCGACACUCGGAGACGCAUUCUAAUCGCAGCUCAGAGUAUGAUAAUUAUCAGCCAGCUGGCUCCAAUGGUGACAUGCUGGUCAUAGGCGUCGCUCAGCAGCAAUCCCAGCAGCAUCCGCACGUUAAGAGCGCCUUGAAGAAACGUCCCACACCCACGCCCACUGCCCAAAUACAAAUGCAAUAUGUGGCACAGCGGCAGCAAUUGCCACAGCAGCCACAUGUUCUGCUGCAGCAGCAGCACCAUCAUAUGGAAAUGUAUUCGCAGCAGCAUGCCAGCUAUUUGCAACAGCAACAGCAGCCGCCAAAGCAACGCUCCCAAGGCCAGACGGAUGUCAUAUCCAUGUACUCGGCCAACUCCUCGAAUGUGGCCACGCUGCGGCAGCAGCACGUGGCGCCCCAGCAGCAGCCCAUUAUUGUGCAGUGCGACAAGUACUAUCUGUCACCGACUCAUCAGAGCUACAACGAGGGCGGCUUCAUCAAGUCCAGUCAGAACAUCAAGAAGUAUGUGUCGCCGCUCGCCUCGCCGAGUGCCAUUAGCUAUGAGCAAGCCUCGUUGCAUCAUCAGCGACAACUGGACGCCAUCUCGUUGGCGCCCAGUUACAUGUCCGUAGAUGUGGAGAGCGUGCAUCAGCAGCAGCAGCAGCAACAACAGCAGCAGCAGCAGUAUCGCUGGCGCUCACAAUCCCAUAUUGCAGCACUGACGCCGCCUCAUCCGCAUCAGAAUCAGAGCAUGACCGCUGCCCUGGCAGCCGAACCGAAGUCGCAUUCCAGCGAUAUGCUGGCGGCGCCCAUGCCGCGCUAUGCCAGCAAGCCCAAGCCCCUCGACGAGAUAUCAUUGUGCUCAACGUCCGCCAGCAGCACGACCAUAGAGAAGAAGCUCAAGCCCAAGCAGUGGCUUGAAUCGUCGCUCGAUGGGCCCGCAGUUGUGCGGCAAAUCGAAUCCACAGCUCACAGUCCGGUCAGCAGCAAUGGCAGUGGCGCCGCUGCCAAGCCUCGGACCAAGCUCUCCUCGCAGUCGAUGUCGGUGUCGGGUCGUCACUACUCCAUGUCCGCUCAGCGCAGUGCACAUAAUUAUGCGCCCACUGGAUAUCCGGUUGUCGGCAGCUCGAAGGCUCUGCAGCACGCGGACGAAAGAUUUGCCAAGCUUAGUCAGUCCACGUCCUAUCUGAAUGCCAUGGAGCAGACGGUGGGCAUCUCGGCCUCGUACCCGCUAGAACCGCUCGAAAUACCGCCAUUUAGGCUUCUGCCGCCCAAGCCAAACCAAAACCAGCAGCCAACGCCGCCGCCCAGGCCCCCGCCAGUUGGCAACAACAACAACAUCAGCAGCAGCAGCAGCAAUAAUAAUAUAAGCGGCAAUGCUCUGCAGAAUGCUUUGGUGUCGCCGCCGCUGGCCGUGGCCACAGCCACGGCUGCAGCUGGAUUGUCGCCUGAAAUACGCAUCGAAUCGCCCAAGAACAUGACCGUGGUGCAGCAGGCCACCUUUCAGCCGUACAAGGAGGUGACCAAGCCCUUCGAAAUGUCCGACUUCUACAAGUACUCGACGAAGUUCAAGCAGAAAGAGGGCGGCCGGCCAGAAUGACAAGAAAACAUUUUCGUUUUUCUCCUAGUAUAUAGUUUGCUCUUGACUCUACCUAUUUAUGAUAUUUUGUUUGACCGACGAGGAUCGAAUUUCCAAUCUGAAAUUGAUGCGUCCCUUCGCGGUUGUGCCUUGCGGUUAGCGCAAAACGAACUACAAAGUUUUAUACAAAUUGAAUAGGAGUUAAUUAUUGGAUAACAAAUGAAUAGACAAAACAGGAUGUCCAAUUUAAGGCAACUGACAAAAUUAAGCGCCAAACAAAUUGUACAUUGACUCAACGCCUUCGUGAUUUGCCUUUUAUCAAAAGUUUUAUAUGUCUUUUACUGAUAUUGCAUUUACAAACUGAACUGAAACGAAUGUGUUGUAGAAAAACUUAUAGUUAUUGUUAAUAAUGGAUUGUACAAAAUAUAAUUUGUACACUGACUUCAAUAUACACU